CCCCCCCCCCACUUAAUUAUUUAUUGCCAGGGAAGUUCCCUCGCAGCUUCUUUAUUAGCUCACUUCCUAAUGUUUUCUGUUAGUAUAUAAAUUCACAUUAAUACCCAUAUAUUUCCAUAAACCCCAUCUUCACCUUUGCCGGUUUCCUGUCAUUUCUGAUCAAGAACUUAAAACCUGCAUUGAAACUUUAAGUUUACAUCCUUCAUUAGCAGUUUUCUUUAAACCCCAGUAGCUUUGAAGAGCAUCAAAAAAUGGGAGUUGCAGGCACUUUGGAGUAUUUGUCUGAUUUAAUAAGCAGUUCUGGCCAUAAAUACAAGAAGAAAAAGCAGUUGCAGACUGUGGAGCUCAAGGUAAGGAUGGAUUGCGAUGGCUGUGAACUCAAGGUCAAGAAAGCCCUCGCUUCAUUGAGUGGAGUGAAAUCCGUGAACAUAAACAGGAAACAGCAGAAGGUGACUGUAACAGGAUAUGUCGAAACAAACAAAGUGUUGAAGAAAGCCAAGUCAACAGGGAAAAGGGCUGAGAUAUGGCCUUAUGUUCCUUACAGCCUGGUGGCCCAGCCUUAUGCUGCUCCUGCUUAUGACAAGAAGGCACCUCCUGGUUACGUCAGGAAUGUAGAGAACAAUGUCACUACUGCCGCUGUCACCAGAUAUGAAGAUCCUUACAUCUCUUUGUUCAGUGAUGAUAAUCCAAAUGCCUGUUCUGUCAUGUAGGCUGUAGUUUGUUGCGGAACUUCCCUACCUCUAGCCAGACAUUGCUAAGCCAAUGUAGAAAAUUCCUAUGUAGUUUUUUGUCUUUGUCUUCCAUGUUGGAUUUUCUGGUAGAUAAUGAGAAGAUUAUCAUUAUUGAGUUAUUAUUAAUCAGAGUUUUUUUUUUUUCAAAAUGGUCCUGGUUAGUACUUCUGUGUAGUUUUGCAAGGAGCGGUUUUGGUGGGGCCUAAAAGGUUUGUGAGAUGAUUUUUGGUCUGAUGGAAACAAUGUGUCAAUGUGGGUUGUGGUGAGGCAGCUAUUCUAUAUGUGGCUGCGCUACUUUAUUUUGUUGUUGUUGUCCUUAUGCAUGUAAUGUUAUGAAUCUUAUGCCCUGCAAAUUAGUUUUGGCUUGGAAGCAGAGCACUAUAUGUCAUCACCAUUUUAAUUGGG